CCGCUUUCCCUCGCGGGUGGACUGGUCCACCAGCUGAGCGGUGGACCUGAUCCGACCAGCGCUACAUAGCGAGUCUUUCUCUCGCUGCGACGUGUAAUAUACGGCUCCCAUCGCCGGUGGGAAAAGAAAGGAAAUGACGGCAAUCAUCGUCACGCUGAAAAUUUCACGGAAGUAGAAAAGGAUCCCCAGAAAUUAGAAACAGUUCUUUCCCAGUUUCUCACCUCUCUCUCUCCGUGGAUUCGAAGAAAGAACCGAAACCCUAACCCUAAUCUUUGAUCGAGGAGGAGGAGAUGCUGUUCCAAGUGGGAGGGCAGGGGACGCGGCCGACCUUCUUCGAGAUGGCGGCCGCGCAGCAGCUCCCAGCCAGCCUCAGGGCCGCCCUCACCUACUCCCUCGGGGUGUUUGCCUUGAGAAGGCCAUUCCUUCACAAGGUGUUAGAUUAUGAUGAUGAAUUCUUUGCCUUGUUGAUGAUGGUGCUUGAAAGUCACAGUUUACGAACCACAGAUGCUUCUUUUUCGGAGUCCUUGUAUGGUCUACGAAGGAGAGCAGUGAAGAUUAUCCACAAAAAACAUUCUUCUAAUAUGGAAUCAAAUGAUAAAAUCCAUCACUCGGGAUUAGAGAAGCACCAAAAAGUUGCCUCAGUUGCAUUUCUGGUCAUUUUGCCUUAUAUAAAGUCAAAGCUUCAUUAUAUUUACAACAAAGAAAGGGAAGCAAGGCUUCAAGCAAGUCUUUGGGGUCAUGAUGAUGCAAGAUUUGAUGACACAGGCUUCGUCCUAGAUCAAGGAGAGAGCUCUCAUUCACAAAUUGAAGCUUCAAGUGUCGAAGGAUCACGCAUGACACACCUAAAAAAGAGAAUUAUGGAAAUUAUAGCUUGUUGCUACCCCUGGAUUCAUGCGACCAAUGAGGGAUUAUCAUUUGCUUACCAACUAUUGUAUCUGCUGGAUGCUACUGGCUUCUAUAGUCCAGAUCUACAUGCACUUGGGAUUCAUGUAUGUCGGGCAACAGGACAAGAACUGAUGGAUUCCUCUUCUAGAAUUUCAAGGAUCAGAAGUCGCGAACUUGAAAGACUAAGGGGCCCUCUGUGGUUGAAGGCAGUUCAGAGAGUUCUGCUUAGCUGCGUAUACACAACAUUAGAUUAUGCACAAACUGGUCUAAUUGCUGCAGUAUUCUUUUUCAAGAUGAUGGAGUGGUGGUACCAAUCUGCUGAAGAAAGAAUGUCAGCUCCCACUGUGUACCCCCCACCUCCUCCUCCACCGCAACCACAGGCUGCCAAAGAUGGAAUUCCGUUGCCGCCAGACAGGACGUUGUGCCCACUGUGCUCCCAGAAACGGGUUAAUCCAUCAGUCAUUGCUGUUUCUGGUUUUGUUUUCUGCUAUGCUUGCGUAUUUAAAUAUGUGUCACAGUACAAACGGUGCCCUGUCACAUUGAUGCCUACAACAGUUGAGCAUAUUAGGAGACUCUUCCAUGAUUUAUAGUUCAAAUAACCGAAGCUUUCCAAAAUUACAGUGAAGAUCGGGCCUGAAAUCCAAAGGAAAACCCACUGUUCCUUUGCCAGACAUAAUGGGAGGAUGUAGAAUAGUUUCAUGCGCACCAUUGAAUGAAGCGCUCUGUGAUGGCAAGCACGUUUUGAUCAAAGUUAAAUUGAUUAUUUUUCCUUUACAAGAUAUGUAAUUGUUUUUUUUUAAAAAAAAAAUUAAGAGAGCUUGGUGAAGAGUCUGCCUGCCAUGAAGAACUCUCUUGGGUCCUUCGGGGUCGCAUGGGGCUAUCUCUGGUGGUAACCUUCAUCCAAUUUCCAAAUGGUCAAGUUGAUAGACCUCUGUAUAUGAACGAUCAUGCUGAUUAUCAUCUCUCUCAUGAAAGUGUUGAAUGUGCUGCCUUUCUCUAUUUGUUGAAAUAGUUAACCAUGUGACGGUUUGUAUAUUUUGUGGUGCGCCGGGAUCAUGGGGAGUAA